CAGGAGAGAGGAGGCUGCCGCAGCUGGACCGACUCCCGCCCAGGACCAGAACAGCAGCGGGCUGCAGACCUGCACACACAGACACACACACACACACACACACACCGUCAGCACCGUCGGUCUGAGCCUCUCCACCCGCCAUGAGGGAUUACUCGGCGACUCCGAGCAACGGAGGCGCCUGCAUGCCGUGCUGCCAAGUUUGUGUGUUUGCCUUUACCGCAUUUCUCAUCGUUGCAGAGAGGACGGCACUGAUCUACUGCUUUGUGUACUACCUGUGGGUGGGUCACAACUACUGCUAUGCCUAUCUCUCUGGCUUCACUGCUCUGUUCCUGCUGCCAGGUUGGGGUCCUCAGUGGCUCAGUUAUCUGUGGUACCUGUCAGAUGGAGGCAUACGCAGGAAGUCACUCACCUGGACACACAUACUACACCUGGGGAUAUUCAAAAGGCUGCUGGAGUGCAUGACUCUGCCCGACGAGGACGUGUAUGCUGAGAUCAUGCAGCAGGCUGAUUGUUCCGCCUUACGUCUGUUCGAGGCCUUGGUGGUCACCCUCCCCCAGACGCUGCUGCAGUGCUAUGUGCUCAUCUGCACUGACAUAGGAAUCAAGUCUCCAGCCUCAGUUUGUUUUGUGGUGUGUUUGCUGUCUCUGGCCUGGGCCUUGGUCCUCUAUGCCAGAGCCUGUUCGCUCAUCAGACCAGGACACCUACAGAUGACCCCUGCUGCCAUUCUCUGUCGACUGGUGUGGAGGAUUGGUAUGUUGGGUUCUCGAUGUGCCAUUCUCAUGCUCUUUACACGUAUCUUCAAACAAUGGAUCCUCGGAGUCAUUGGCGUGCACUGGCUGGGUGCAACUUUCUGGAUGGUGUCCCAGCAAACUGACAUCAUACGCUCAACUACUCGAUGGAGGAUCUUCAACCUCGUCCUGGGAGCCAUUCACAUCUUCCUUUUCCUCAAUGUGAAGUAUGGACAAUCCAGAUGCCGCAUGGCUGGCUUCUACCUGGCCAUGUUCUUAGAGAACGCUUUUCUUCUGCUGGCGUCCUCGUGGUUGUUUACCAUGGUGUCCUGGGAUACUGUGGGGAUCCCAGCUGCAGUCUUCUGUAGCUUCCUCAUUGGAGUGAUAGCGUUGGUGCUGUACUAUCGUUUCCUCCACCCGAAGUCCUUCGAGAUUUUCCAAAGUAUUCGCCACAGGGGAAUAGGUGGAGCCUGCAUGGAGCGUGGAUCUGCACUGUCAUUGGAGGAGAAAGUCACACCCACUUUCCAUCGCCAUGCAACACUGUCUGGUGGUGGGACCCUCAUGGAUCUCCCUAUCCAAUGGGAAGGUUGGAAACAUCACCACUGGCUGCUGAUUCGCUUGGCCAUGAAGACGGGGGAUGUAACUAGGAUCUGGUCGUCGUAUGGCGAGGGUGGACUGGCUGGUCUCAUGGGUCUGUCUGAAGAAGUUCACUCCCCUGAUGACUUCCGUGUCCCUCGGUUCACACCUGCUCAGCUGCCGGUUCAGAUCUCACAGCCAGCUCCUCAACCAGCUCCGCCACAGGUGACCCAGACUCCAGAGGUCAAAGAGGUGGUGCCGCCACCAAAGCCACCUCUGAACACUGUGGUUGCCAGGCCAGUGAGAAAAGCUCCUCCCACAAGCAUCCAGGAUAUGAGGCGGUUUCCAGAGAUCAUCCCGGUCCAGGAGGUCAUUCCUGAAGAGACUGCAGAAGAAGACUCCAGUGCCCCACCCUCGGAAAGAGGUGAUGAGGAGUUUCAGAGUGCUGCUUACGGCUCACCAACUCCCUCAUCUCCGCAACUACAAGGAAGCCUCCGCCACAUUGACAGCAACGCUGGGACCCUGACCGAAGCUUCAUCCUCUGUGGGCUCCCUGGACAUCAAGACUCCAGGCUGGUCUCCCGAGCGACGUUCUCCCCUCCUGAUUGGUUCCCCGGAGAAGAAACCAGCAGUACCCGGAGAGUCUAGCACCACGCUGUACUUCAGCGCAGAUGCACAAUCUCCUUCCAGUGGGAGCUAUCUUGGCUGGGGCUCCGAGUUGUCACCCAUCUCCACCUACAGAAGUCCCUACCGGAUCAGGGAGACUCGUUUUGUCACAUCCACCCCGCGACUAGAGCCCCGGGCCGGAGCUGAGAGUCCAGGCCUGGCCCCUGUUGUUGUCAUCCCUGCCACUCCUGGUACAACACCAGGUGGAACCCCUGGUGGUUCAACCCCUGCUGCUUCUGCCUCUGGAGCUUCGACACCUGGAGAUUCGAUAUCUGCAGCUCCAACGCCAGCAGCUUCAACACCCGCUGCUUCCACUCCUGGUGUUUCAUCUCCUGGUGCUUCCAGUCCUGGAGCUACUACUCCUGGUGGUCAGAUCAUUCCACUCACUCCAGUCAUCUCCCAUGCUCGCAAACAGGUUGUCCAGUUUGUGGACAGUCGAGAGAGGGCGGUGUAGGGCAAAUAGGGGUACAGGGGAAGGGAAAU